CCCUUCGCGCUGCUAAUCCAAUGCCUUCUUGCCUUCCUCGCAUUCCUCGCCCUCCUCCUCAAACGCCAACGCGAACCACGCCGUUCACGACGACCGUUGAGGAUUUGGAUGUUCGAUGUGGGAAAACAGGCUUUUGGAGCGGGUGUCGUGCAUGGUGUUAAUUUGGGCGUGAGUAUUCUGGGUGUAGGGGGGUUUGAGGAGGGUGCGGGCGGUGGAGGGGGAGGGGGAGGUGGGGGCGAGGAUGAUGGUGAUCCGUGUGUGUGGUAAGUCCUUGUGAGACGGGGUGUGAGGUACGAGGACGAGGGCUAAUGGGGUGUUGGGUGUGUAGGUACUUCUUCAACGUCGCGGUGGAUACGACGAUCGGGGUACCGAUUUUGUAUGUGAUUUUGACGGCUUUGACGUCGUUUACGGUCUACCUCGGCAUUCACGGCACCAUCAGCGGGCAAUACUCACCUCCCUCCACCACCUCCACCACAACUAAGCGCAAAUCCCGAUGGUCAUGGUGGUUCAAACAAACCGCACUCUACGCCCUUUCUCUUCUCCUCAUGAAAGUCUUGAUAUUCGUGGUCUUUGCGACACUACCGGGGUUGGUGGAGGCAUUGGAAGAAUUGGGAGAAGUGUUGUUGAGGUGGACGAGGGGGUAUCCGAGGGUCGAGGAGGGGUUUGUGUUGUUUGUGUUUCCGCUAGUGAUGAAUGUUUUGCAGGCUUGGUUGAGUGAGUACUCCAUCCUUCCCUUCUUUCUUGUCAUUUUACUCUUUCGUGGUCGUGGCUACGCGUACGGGGGAGCUGAGAUGAGGGGAUGAGUUGACAUGACAGAAGCUAAUUUGUGGGACAUAGUUGAUAAUAUUGUCAAGUCUAAGGAUGUGGAGGGGGAUGAGGACGCUGACAGCGAAAGUGAAAGCACGUUGGUCAGGCCUCGCCGACAUGGUUACCGUUCUUAUCAGUCUAUUCGAGUUGUUGAAGA